UGAGACUUUUUAAACGGGCCGAGUUCAGAGAGGAUCCAGAGCUGGUGAUGUCACUGUUUCAGGCUCUAGAUUUCAACCUCAGUCUCAAGGGAAUAUUACCCAGCAGCACAUGCAGGUUUGUGGGCGGAGUCUUACACCUGUCAGCUGACAGACUCACUUUAACUUUUAAUCCUCAAGCCAUCUCUCUCAGAGGAACAAGACUUCUCUUCAGACACAUCACAAGCAUACAAACACUCAGGCUGAGUGGUUAUAUGGUGGUGAGAAUAGUGCGUGCAUUGAGGUCUGUAAGAGUUCCUGUCAGUGUAGAUGAACUCUCAGUCGAUCUGAAUGAUAAAUGGCGGUCAGACAGCGAGAUGUCCAGAGUUCUGAGCAGUUUGGCUUCUCUUCUGAGACUCUGGACUGUCCAGUGUUUGAACUUGACCGACUGCAGGAUGAAGUCUCUCUCUCUGAUUCUCCUUCUGUCUCAGCAGAGCCCAGUGACUCUCAGACUGUCCAAAGAGAUUCUCCAGAUGCUGGCUGAAUGUGUGUAUGAAGCUCAAGAUGAGGAAAUGACUUCAUGCUUCCUGCAGAAAGUGGGAAGAGAUUUGACUCCAUGUGCCUUGAGUUGGGAAACGCUUCAUUAUUUCCUGCAGCGUGAUAUUUCACACGUCACUGUCGACCUUACAGAAACUUACAUGUCAUUUAACAUCAGAGAAAUUCUGCCAUUUCUGAACAGGAUUCACUUUCAGCAGAUGAGCUCCACCAUGAUGAUGUGUUUAAUGAAAGAGAUCUAUGAGUCCAGAUCUUCAGGGUUUGUGUCCGGUCUGUUGAGUUCAGUGAAGAACUGCAUUAACCUGCAGAACAGAGUGCUGGACUCUGUCCACUGUGCAGCUCUGCGCUUUAUACUGCAACACUGCACUGCACUUACACUUAACAUGCUGUGGACCUCCAUACCAGAGGAGGAGCUAGAGAGCAUUCUGCCUCUCCUCAGUCGUGUUUCCUGCCUCAGGGUUGACAGAGUGCUGUUACUGAGAAUGCUUCGCUGCUGCAGUUCAUCUGAUGUCCAGCAGGAGGCGUCAGCGGUUCUGCUCUCUGCCCUGCAGCACAAGCUGGACUUCUCCUGUGGUUCUGCACUGGACCUGACAGAAGACACCCCCACACAGACUCUGACUCCUGAGGACUGUCGUGUGAUGUCUACAGUCAUUCAGAGAGUUUAUAGAGAUACACACACCCUCACUCAGCUGAAUCUACACGACUGUCAGAUUAACACCGCUGGAAUAGAUCAACUCUUCACAUUCUUACACUCUGUUAAACUCCAGUGUGGUAAAGCCAUGCUGCUUCAGUUUCUCUCUCAUGUGGAUGAUGGGAAAGCUGAAUGUCUUUCUCGGGCUCUGGGUGAAGAAGUGGAUCUCAGUCAGACUCAUCUGGACCUGCAGGUCUGUGGAGGUCUGGCUCUGGUUCUGGAACAUUCUGAAGGUCUGACAGAACUGGAUCUCAGUCAGUGUCAUCUAACUGAUCAGAGUCUGGAUGUCCUGCUGCCAAACCUCCACAAAGCACAAAACAUUGAUUUUAGUGACAAUAGCAUCGCUGAUGCUGAAGCGCAGAAAAUCUACAGUAUCGUCUCUCACAACAGUAACGUAAAGACAGUGAGGCUCUUCAAAAACAGAAUCACAUCCAGAGAUCUUUUCAACAGAGACCCACGGUUUGAGAUCUGGUUUUGCCAACAAACUGAAAUAACAUGAAAUAGGAUUUUAAGAGAUUCCUGAUAAGGCAGCGGUUCUCAACAGGGGGACCAUGGCCCACAAGGAGACCCCUACUGACUUCCAAGGGGGCCUCAGGAUGACUAAUAAUGAGGGGAAAAAAUCUUUUUCU